AUGAAUCAGCAGCGAAGUCGCCGUUUUCGUGCUUCCAAGGAUGCUGCAGAAAAGAUUGAGCAAAUAGCCGAAAUACGGGCGCGCCUGGAAAGCGAAGGUUAUCCGCUGCCACCGAAGAAAGAGGACGAGGAGCAUUUUGAUAGCAAUUGCAUAACGCCAGGGACACCUUUCAUGUCACGGCUUGCUGUUGCGCUCCGUUAUUAUGUUCACCAAAGAUUAAACAGCGAUCCAGGAUGGGCGAAAAUUGCGGUAACGUUUUAA